ACUACACAAAACCCCCAACUUCACUUCUUUCUUCACUCCUUUUGUUCAAAGUAGCAUUCUUUUCAUUGAAGACUCACAUGGGUAUCUCCGAUAUGAACAUGAACGCUGGUUCAGUCACUCCACGACACUACCACAUUCACAAGGUUUUCCUUUUCUGCAACUACAUUCUAUUGGGUGCAGCCUCCAGUUGCAUCUUCCUCACCCUUUCACUGCGCCUCAUUCCCUCUCUCUGUGGCUUCUUCUUGAUCCUCCUCCAUGUCUUCACCAUUGCUGGUGCAAUCUCCGGCUGUGCUGCAGUGGGAACUAACCGCUGGUAUUCAGCUCACAUGGUAGCCACUGUGCUAACAGCCAUAUUUCAGGGUUCAGUUUCUGUGCUUGUUUUCACAAGAACUGGGGAUUUUCUUGAUCAGCUGAAGUCCUAUGUGAGAGAAGAGGAUGGUUCUGUGAUUCUCAAGUUGGCUGGUGGACUCACCAUUUUGAUCUUUUGCUUGGAGUGGGUGGUUUUGACACUUGCCUUUUUCUUGAAGUAUUAUGCUUAUGUUGAAGGUGGAAAUAAUGGGGCUGUCGUUGCCAUGAGAAGCGCCAAGGUGCAGCAAGAUGAGGAUUUGAAAGAUUGGCCAUGGCCUUUCCAAGUUUAGAGUCUCGUUUUGUUGACAAGAACAUCACUCUUGUGCUGUUAUAAUAAUGUCAUGCCACCCUUUAAGUUUUAGCUUCCUUUCUUUUGCUCAUAAUAUUCGUUCAUUCGUUGGAGAAUUGGAUGGUUUUUCUCCUAAUUGAUGUAUGUGUGUUUUCCUAUAAUGUAAUUAAU